AGCGCGCGGAUUGUCAGUGGGAAUGUGGUGGCAGCCUCGAGCGCCGGCUGAAAGAGAAACAGAGAGAGAGAGAACGCGCGCGCGAGCGAGAGAGGACAGCGAAGAGUGGGUGAAGCGCGAGACGUUUGGCUCUAACACGGUGAGACGGGGCACAACCGGAAACCAGCAGGACCUCCUUCGCCACCGUCAUCAGCACUAUCCCACGGAGUCGAACUGCGCGCGAGAACCUGCUUCUCCACAACCACGCGCAGGCAUGACUUCUGCCCUGUUUUCAGGCGCGAGGAGGACCGAGGAGGCAGCGCGUGGAUGCGCGAGGGAAACUGAGUUAGUUUAGCCAAAAGCUUCAAAAAAGAAGUACAGACCACAAGAGGAAGAGGAGGAAGAGGAGGAGGAGGAGAGAAGCUGCCUUCUUCGCGACUGGCACGAGUUCACAUUUAAAUAAAUAAGUAAAUAAAUAAAUAAAUAAACCAACCAACUCUGCUCGCGCGGGACGGCGAGGAGCGCGUGACUUGGCGCAGGAUGUGCUAAAAACUCGAAGUGCACCGGCGUCCACUCCGAACCUCUCCGCGCGCUCUGGCCGAUGGGUCACGGUGGGCCGGAUGGCGUGCUACUACCUGGUCAUCAGCUCCACGCACCUCAGCAACGGCCACUACAGGAGCAUUAAAGGAGUUUUCCGCGGUCCGCUGUGCGCGAGCAGCCGGGGGGAGUCGCCGGACUAUGCUGAAAAGGAGAAAGCCAUAGCGAAGGCUCUAGAGGACCUGAAGGCGAACUUCUACUGCGAGCUCUGUGACAAGCAGUAUCAGAAGCACCAGGAGUUCGACAACCACAUCAACUCUUAUGACCACGCGCACAAACAGAGGCUGAAGGAGCUUAAACAGAGAGAGUUUGCGCGCAACGUCUCGUCUAAGAGCUGGAAGGAUGAGAGGAAGCAGGAGCGAGCAAUCAAACGACUCCAUCAACUUGCCCUGCUCAAGCAGCAGAGGGACAGCGAAAAGGGAAAGAGUUCAAAGUUAAGAGCUCCAGCCAGAGACUCUCGUCAAGAGAAAAUCAGACUGAAUGGAAAUGACAAACCAAGCUCCAGGCAAAUUUCAUCUCGUCAGGGCCAAACUGAGACGCCAUCCUCUCCAGACCUAACCUCCAGGGGUUCUUCCUCCAUUCCUGUGUCCACCAAUCAGUGCUCUCUCCAGGUUCAGCAUUCCUCACCAGUCCCUCAGGUCCCAAAAGAACACCGGCGCCCUAAGGCAGGGGUCUCAUUCUGUUUCUCCAGGCGAGCUCAGUUAAAGCUGGACUCCUGUGCAUCAGUGUUCAAUGAUGGGCUGGAUGAGGCUAGUGACCUGAAGGAGCUCCAGCGACACCGGCAGAGACUGGCUCUACAAGCCCUUUGGGCCCGAUCUCCCUCACCCACACUGAGUCAGGAGGACCACAAUCUAUCCCUGGAACCAGAAGCCCUAGACAACAAUCCUCUACAAAGGCGACAGCAGCCAGAUCAGGAUGACAGCCUUGAGAUUCGAGUGAACUACUGUACAACAGAGCCAGAGAGGCAAGGCUGUCCUGACACACAUCAUCCAGAAGCUGAGAAGCAGCCAGAUGGUCCAGAAGACAGAGCAGCUGAUCAGUGCCAGAGACACAGGCAAGAGGAGACUAAAGGGGAAUGGGUAUUGCUGGAGAGAAGCAGCCCAAGGAGCCCCAGCCUUACUGCUCACACACAGAGUGACUUGGCUUCUGAUCAACUCCACAUACACAAGGUCUCACAUCAGGACUUACCAAAAGGCAUAAAGCAGGACACAGUGAAUGUCAAAAACUGUCUGUCAGACACAAAGAUAGCUGAGGAUGGUUUGGGGAGUAAGAAUCUUCCUUUCAUAAAUGUUCUUGGUAAAGAUGGGACUACACUAAAAUGGCCUUGUGAGCUUAUGCAGUACACCUCAGAUGAGCCUCAUGUAUCCUACAGCUGCAACCCACACUGCUUGAAUUUCAAAUGCGCAGAAGGCAAAGAGAAAAGCACAGAGUCAGGGGAGACAGAUGUCUGCGCUGUCUCCGGCCUCCCAGCCCAGUCCGACCAAGCAGAGGAGCAGGCCUGGGAUGUUCUGGAAGAUAAAUUAGGUAUUUUAAAACCAAAGAGACCCAAAAACAGGCGGUGGAUGAGAGCUUGUAGGCGUAAAUUAGAUGCUGUCAGGAGGCACCGGGUGGGCUGUGCUCUCCGCUCCCAGACACUUGCCAGAGGACACUUUGAAUUCAAAGGCACCUCAGCAGACGCGACUUGCAGUGAGCAAGGAUGCGGCGAAAAGGGGCGCAAGCUUGGGAAGAGGAGGAGAUCAGUGAGGGAUGAAGUUUCGAAUGAAAGUGACACUCCAGAACUAAGCUUGAAAAGCAUCGUCAUCAACUCCCUUUCUGCCCCAGCAAGGCAAAGGCGAAAGCGGCGGAGGUUACCGUCUGCUCUUCGUGCUGUGAAACGCAGGACUGUUCCACCCACUACUGUUCAGUGCACAGUGGGGGAUGAGGAUAAUUACCAGUGGUGUCGUAACAUCUGUGAGGCUAAACGAGACGCUAGCAUGACCCCCUACAGUGAGAAGUCCAGCUCGUGGAGCAUCCUGUCAGACUUGAGCUCUGAUGGGGAAUGGCCUGCUUGCCAGUGGGGGAGAUGCUCUUCUUCUCCUGGGUCAGCUUCCUCUUAUUCCUGGAGGAGAGGACAUAGCCAACCCUGGUCUUACAUCAGAAAAUCCAGUUACAGCUUCCCUUGCUAUGGUUACAAGCAGAAUUCAGACAGCCCAGGUAGAGAUACUGAAUACAGAGAGGACUACUGGGAUUACAGAGACUCAGAAAUCUGCAGGGAGAGGAAUUACUCGGGGGUUUGUGACAGACCCUGUAUUAUUGAGCGGAGAUACAGUAUCAGAAAGCAUAAGAGAGCUCUAGAGGAGAAUAGACAUAGAUUUAGAAAUAACCGAAAGCCAGGGACAAAGAGAAUAUGCUUCUACAGAGUCUAUGACAGCCCAGAACACCAGGACACUGAAAGAGAUUGGUGGUGUGAGAGGCCCAGCCCUGACAAUAGGAGGCGUCGAGAAAGAGACAAGUUCUGGUUAAGCCCAGAGAUCAGUCACAGCAGGCGGUAUGAGCGGUCCAGCCCUGGGUCCAGACAUAGCCCAGCUUCCUCUAGUACCACUAGCAUUUCAGAGCUCAGCGGAGAUUGCAGCUCUCACAUUAAGCCAUCCUAUUCUGAGCAUAGCCAAGAUCAUCACAGCAAUUUAACAUGGCCAACCGAUAGAUCUACCAGGACCAAAAUUUCCCAUUCUCCACCAAGAGAGAAGAGUUAUUCAUCAUCACCCAUGUCUAUCGCAAGAACAGAGACAGUGCAGACAGAUACUCGAUCCGUUAUUUCCAGUUCUAAUCCAAAUGCAAAGCCAGAACCUGUUACUCCCAACUCCACUGCUUUUACAAAGCAGAGCACAUCACCUAAUAAAAAACUCACAGGCAACAAAACACGUACUUUUUCACUCCCAUUGAUUGGUAAACUCCCCUCUAUAAAAAGAGGAAUAAAACAAACAGGAAUUCUCAAAGAAAAAAGUAGCAGUCGCAAUAACCAAGUCCAAAUAUCUGUCAAUGGUCUAUUAAAACCCGAAAGCCAAGCAUUAUCUGAAAAUGGACAUAGCACAGCCACACGGACAGAAAGACAUAAUUCAUUAAACUCGUUCCAAACUUGUCUACUGAUCACUGAUGAGAGAACAGCAGAACCUUGUGCAACCUCAGAAAACACACCUAACUCCUUGUCUCAUGAACACCUUAUGAAAACCAUGGAGGAAACAUCAGAGACUUCAGAAAAUCAGCUACCAAGGUGCCCCACUCCUCCCUUAACAGAACAGCCAAUAACAUUUACAGAGGAGGAGAUUGACAAGUACAGACUUCUCCAACUUCAAGCCCAGCAGCACAUGCAGCAGCAGCAUCUCCAAGAGCAACAGGAUAUGCCCAGACAACAACCCCCUGUGGAUAUGCCUCCUAUGAACCAUAUACCUAUACUUGCUCCAGAACCUUCAAAUCAGUCUAUACCUGCUCCUUGUCUGCCAUAUGCCAUACUUCAGCACGGAGCCCUCUCAGCCUUUUCCUCUGCCAUCUCCUCUCCUUCAUCCUCUUUUGCAUCCCACCAUUCCCCCACUGCACACCCUACUCUCCAUACCCCUCUGUCACAGCCACACUUCACUCCUUUUCCAUUCCCCAGUGCAUUCUUUCCAGGUCCCCCUGCAGCAGUGCUGGCGGCCCGUCCCCUCCGCCUGAUCCCAGCGGCAUCCCUUCACCAGCACCCUCAUCCUCCUGGGCUAGCCCUUCACCCCCUGCCCCACACCCACUUGCUCCCAACUGUAUUCACUCCGACACACACGGCUGCUGCUGCUAUGCUGCAAAUCCACCCCCUAUUACACCCUCUGUUCCACAGCCAGGACCUUCAGAACCACCCUGGUCCUUCCAGCUAGUCUUGGUUGACAAUAAGAGGAAGGAAAAAGACAAAUGGAUAUAGAGAGAAAUAUUCCUGAAAAGAAGAGAUAUUCUUACACUGGUACUCAUAAGCCCUCUCUAACCAUAGUAUCCCAUACAUGGUCUCGCCAUCAUUCUCAGUCUCAGCCAAAGGUUUUGGUGAGGGUUUUUUUCUUUGUGUGUUUUUUUCUUGUUCGUCUGUUUGUUUGUCUGCUGAAUCUGUGAACGGCAGUGUAGGUGUUUGUGUUGGCCUGCCUUGACACCCCAUUCUUCGUGUCAGAAGCUUGAUUCAUUUGAGCAGAUGGGUAAAUGUUUUUUACCCUGCUUAAUCUGAGCUGUAACCUAUGGUUAGAUGGCAAUUUGAUUGAAGUCCCUUCAAUUAGUACACAGCACACAGCAUUUGCAUAUCAUAAGGGAUAUGCUAAUCGGAGGGUUAUUUUCAUCCAGGUCUGAGAGCCGGAGGAGAUGUCAGACAGCCAAAACAAAUCAUGGAUUUGACUUUAGAUUUUGGGGGGGUUUCAGGAAAUAUAGUUCUGCAUCAAAAUGAUCGACUUUUCAUGUAUGAAGAUGGAGACGAAGGGUAGAUACUAAAGCGCAGCAUGCAAAGAAUUUGUCGUGUCUUAUGAACCAAGCAUAUUGUUUCUCUCUCUGUCGUUCAGUCCAGUGAAGUGAGGUGAAACACUGACUCGAUAGGCUGCAGUAUGGAGUUGCAAUAAUGUUUUCAAUCUAUUUAAAGGUCUAAAGCCUUCAACUGUAUUUAUGUACUGUACUUUCUAAUGUAAAUACAACAAUUUAACAAAAGAAGGUGCAUACAACCUGAACUCGGCUGAAUUAUGUUCCAGAGACUUUGUAUUUACUCUUAUUUUAUUAGAGCCAAACGUUUUCUCAUCUGUAAGAUAAGGUCAUGGGAUGAAUAAUAAACUGAAUGUCAUUUAA